GUUACAUCUACAAAGCAACCGCACGCGCCCAUCCGGGUGCCCCAUCCAGUCCCUCUCUUGUCUUGCUCCCAUCUUCUUGCCUUCUUCCAGUCGUGUUUCGACGUCUACUUAUACGUCUCGGAUUCUUCCAGCCUCGCCAGAGCGAGAGGCCAAACAAACCCCAGGAAACACGCCAUCCCUUUGAGCCAGGGCAGGCUGGUUUCUGCUGGGCCCAUUUGUGUGGCUGUUCAACUCCAUUUCUUUCAGUUCAGCUUUUUCCUUUCCUUCCCACCCACCAUCCCCCGUUUCCGAAUUAUUCCCAGCCGACAGCCGGCUGCUCUCGCCCCGUGUCUUGACUUGAUUGCUGUCCCAUAACCCCCGAGAACCCUCACCGCGGCACAUCACUCCUGGACCACACAGCAUUGGAACGGCAUGGCACCCGCAAUAUCCGCAUAGCAACACUCUUGCCGUCGACCCUCGGUGGGCUACUGCCCCAUAGCCCACUCCUGGCACCAUGGGAAACGCCCAGUCCACUGAGACAGCCCGGAGGUAUUCCCAGAAGCUGUCCAAGCCAAAAACCAACAAUCAUGCCACAGCCGGUCUGUUGAGCCCCAGCGGCUCCUCAAAUAACCCCAAGAGAUACUCCAACCGCCCACUGCCAGAUCCUCCAUUGUCUUCUCCUUCGCCAGUCUCUACCCCAACCUCAUCGGUUUUUGACCAGGCCGACACUGCCCAGACACGCAACGGCCGCAGUGCCUCGUUCACAUCAGUCCCAGCUCUGCACCAGGAAUCCAAACGAAGAAGCCUGUUCCGCGUGAGGUCAACCCAGGUUGUGCCUGACGCUGACCAUCGGGAUAGUACUGGGUCGGGAUCGAGGAUGGUGGAUCUGAUGAACAGGGCCAACUCGUUGACGUAUGAGUCGGCAGUCGCAUACUAUGGGCCGCCUGGGCCUGAGGAGUGGUCAUCCGAACCUAGAACCCGGACAUCUUGGAACUAUAACUUGACGUCAUAUGAGGCUAAGCGUUUGUUGAAUCUCGUCGAAGAACCAGGGCUUGAACAUGCGACGACCAUGUCAGAGAAUCGGAUGACGGUUGUCACCGAGACCACGUGGAAGAGCUCCAAUCCGACGAACCCUCCGAGCACCUCGGUCACCCGUGCCAACUCGGAAGUCUCGCUCUAUAUGCCUGUUCGACGAAGAUCCAUCAUCCAAACGCCAGGCGUUGCUACCCGAGCAAAUUCGAUGCGCAGCGUUCCCGGACAACCAAGAUUCAAUCCACGAUAUAGUCACCCUCCUACCCCAAGUUUGUCCAGGCAACCGUCUUUCGACUCGUACCGAGAUGGAAUCGUUUCUAUGCCGCCUCGGAUUGAUGAUAUCGAGUCGAUUCCCAGAGCAGUAACGCCGCGCGAGGAAGAUUAUCAGUCAAUUGGUGGUUAUAAGUUGGGUUCUUUGCGUAUCACGAACGGGCCCGCCAGCCCUUCGAGUCCGGAGGUGGAGAGAAAAGGUGGAAGUCGGUUCAAGUUGGGGGGAGAUGAUGACUACUUUGCCAACACGGCUGCUUCGGACCAGAGCAGCACGACAAACCCCGCUACCGCUGCACUACCACCUACACAACAGCCAGAUGCUGCGGGGCUCAGUCACACCACCACCACCGUUGUAAGCCAGCAGACAAGCGUUGUCUCUGACGGCGUCUCUGUCACGAGCACUCGACAAUACUUGAAGGAGGUCAACAUCAGCCCGCUCUCUAUCCGUUUAUCUCCUCCGACAAGCCCGCGACUGCAGACCACAUCCAAGCAUACCGCCCAGGAGGAUUCAUUGUUCGAGGAUGAUGUUCUAUCGGAGAUUGCAGCUGCCGAGAUUCUGGAUGUUCGUCUGGAUCCCAGUGCAAAGCCAUCUCAAGUCACUCCGACCAAGGCUCUGUCCAGAAGCGACAGCGGAUUCAUCUCGACGACGAGCCCCUCUCCCGAAUCCCCGCACAAGCCAUUGACAAAAGCCGAUUCCGGCUAUAGCUCAAAUGUUUCUCUCCGCUCCUUCAAGGCGAAGGAUCAACCUUCUAAGAAGGAGAGCAUGCGCUCGCUUGAGGGCCGGUCGGAAGCAAACCGCCGGAGCAGCUCAGUCAGAUCCGAUGAGCGGGAGCACAUUGUGCCCGCCUAUGUCAUAGCACCACCGAGAGAAGCACCGCCUCCUCCAGUACCUCCGAAAGAUGCUCGCCGCGAGAGCCCGGGUCCGUCGCCCAACCCAAGGUCUGCCAGACAAUCGAGCCGCUCCACCAGCAACCUAGCUCCGGAGAGUAGCCUCAACAGAGCGGGAAACUCUAGGGCGCCGCUUUCCCUGACUCCAAUCAAGAACCUCCGAUCUCGUGAUCGCGGACCAGCGUCUCCCGAAUCUGUCACCCCUGUCAGUGCCAAAUCGUCAAAGUCUGACAACUCUACCUUGAGCAUUGGGACCAAGCCUCAGAAACCCAACAGACUCCAGAGACUCCUAAGCAGUGCUCGUCGCUCUGCAGCUGGCCCACUGGAAGCCCAUGCGACACAUGCUGUUGAGCAGAACGCCAUUCCGUCGAUACCGAGAGAGGUGGAAAGCAAGCUUCAGGAGCACAAUGGCAGGUUUCCCAUAACGACCAAGAGGCUGGCACUGAGGCCUCGAGCCAGUUUGGAUACUCUGAAGACCAUUUUCAGUGUUGGAAGCAUGGAGGCUAGUCUCGAUGCCCUUCACACGGCUCAGAAGCCUCCCGCUACUGCUGAAUCAGGAGCAGAGCACAGCGCAAAGGAGAGUUCGUGGAGGCAAACCAUGCACUCUGUGCCCACGCACAUUGCGCACGUCGCCUCGCAAGUUAUGCCGAAGAAGCCCAUCGUGCGGAAGCCCGUAGCAGCUCGGCAGAGUUUUGAGAACCGAAGGAGCGUGGAUGGCAGGCCACGGCUUGUUUCUGAAUUUGCCAACAGCUCGCCUAGGCACUCUCACGAAGCGACACUUGAUGCUCUGGUGGGUGGUCGUGCAGUCAUCUACUCGCCCCCAGACGAGGACCAGGAGAAUACGAGGUAUGCCAUCGCGCACACCGAACUGCUUGCUUCGCUUCCAUCACCCUUGCUUCCUAGCCCACUCGCCAAGGCGAUGUCCAUGAACAGCAAGACCAACACACCACCUCCGGUUAGCAUGGCGACGAGGCGCCAGAUGUCCCUCCGCGUGCCACCACCCUUACGAUCACAAUCAUCCAACUCGAGUCUUCACCGCACGGCCAGCCGCGAGAGCAUUCAGAGCUAUCCUGCUGCUCAAUCCCUCUCGAGGAAGCCCAGCAGGGAGAGUAUUCGCAGCUACCCAUCAUACCAGCAAGGAAUGGUUCCGGACGCGGCUCUGCCCUCUGCUGCACCAACAAUGGAUCCCCGCCGCCUUUCAGCAUUCCGUCAGUCGAGCAACAGGCCCCCCGCCUGGGAAGUUCAGUCUGAGUACGGCGGACUUUCCCGCCAGCCUUCAUACACAUCGAUGAAUGGUGGCAGCAGGCGGGGCUCACUCAGCUCAGUCCAGGAGCACGAAGAGGAUGUCAUCAAGCGCCCUAGCAGUGCUCAGCCAUGGCAGAUGCGGUCAAGUCAGCAGCAGCAGCCCUUGAGGCACCGGGCCAGUCACGAUGAGUGGAACCAGUUCGCAAGACGGCCACAAGCUGGACAUCCUCCCUCCAUGUCCAACGGCUACACAGCAACCUCCAAGCCAGUGUAUGAACCGCGGUAUGCGCAACAGCAACACGCCCCGGCUAGCACCUGGAGCCGGAGUCAGCUUGAUGCCUCGGCUGGGCAGUGGUACCAAGAUGCAUCUCAUCCCCAGGUGCCACGAGGACAUUAUCGCAAGCGCAGCAUGAGCUUGCAAAACUCGUAUGGACCAAAACCUCCCUACCGAGUGUUGCAUAGCUACAACUCGCCCGCCUAUCGCAACGCCCCUAUUUGGGGAUGAUGUGAGCGGGCACACACACACAUACACACACACACACACACACACACACACAAACGCAUGAUUAUUUCCUAGCGUUGUCGUUUUUUAUCAUGAUAUCCCGCAUAGACGGCGCUUCCUUCUUUUUUUCGACUGACGAAUGUCGCAGUCGUCAUUAUGAACAUCCACAUCACACAUCGCUAUCCGCGAACUUUUCCGUCAGGCAUUUCCUUGUAACCUGUUAACUUCUAAUACCGGCUUGAAUAAGGCUGUGUAGGAAUUAUUGUACAUUUACCAUGGAAACAUAUUUGCACAUUUUGGGGAUUUUUAUUUUUGUUGGGAGUGGCGCUUUUGUUUUAUUUUGUUUAAGGGGUAGGGAAGGAGAGAAAGCAUACAUUUAUACCCAGUUGGAAGUUGGAAUAGGGGAGAGUUUGGUUCACAAAGGGAGGGACGGACGUUUUUUGUUUUGUUUUGAAAUAUUGAAGGGGAUUUCUGGAUGGAGGUGGUUUGGUCUGGCCCAGUAGUGUGGUGGUGAUUGAGGGAGAGGGGGAGGGGGACUUGGCUUGUAUUAUUUAUAUACAUAUUCGUGUACCCUCCAACCUCCGUAUAUGCGUGGGGUUGUUGAGGGGGAGAAUAAGAGACAUUUUGGAGAUGUGAUCACUUUGUUCUUUGCCUGUGUUCUGCUUCUGUGUUUGUGGUGAGAGUGGGGGAUGCUUAGGGGUAGCCAGUUGCAAAGAUGACUUGCCCAAUGGGCGCGGGUUACCAAGUUUUCGGGUCAGCGUGUUGCUUAUGCGGUGAUGGUGGUGUGUGGGUGGGUGUUCCAAAUUGGGGAGAGUUCCUGCAUGUUUGUUUCCAGAUGUGGUGUGUAUGGGUGGUGAGCAACGUUCUUUCGGUGUCUCCGGUGUCAGGGGUGACUGGCGUACGGUAGAAGGGGGGGGUGAGGGGGGCAAGGGAUGGGAAAGUUGAGCGAAAGAAUGUACGGAAGAGAGAGCUAGAUGGAGGAGUAUGAUAGAGUGAGAUUGCUGAACCCACUGUCGCCAUUACUUACCACCUGUCACCAGGUAUAUCAUUUGUGGGAGAUUUGUGUCAUGUUUUUCUCGUCGGUUUCCAAAGCGGCCCGCCGGCGUAUCCCGGCAAGAAGAUGGCAACAGUCACAUAUCCAGACAGAGGUCAGUACGCCGUCCGUUCCGGAAAAUCCAAGUUUGGGUUUUGUGGUUGAGUCAAAUGUCAGGGUCGUGGUGGGGGAGCGGAGGGUUUGGUACCUGACUACCCUGAAUAUGCGUUGGAGUGGAGAACCUGUAUCCAGGUGAGGCUGCUCCGAGGCUGUGCUGCUUGUCUAAAGAUUAUCUUCGGGGUUGGGUUUGACAACAGACGUCAUUAUCUCCUGUUAAAAGCUUCCCUCUCUACUCGAGAUUCGACGGGUGACUAGGCGAACCCUUGCUGGAGUACACACCGGUAGAUCUGAGUAGAUAUUAGACGGACUUUUCAGUUGUGACAUGUGUCACCGGGGAGGGAAGUGGCAUGCCGCUACAGAUGCUCGAGGGUCUGAGGUUCGGAAGGCCCUGCAGAUAUAC